AUGUUGGAUGCUUCUUCGUUCGGCGUGGUCUGCGUCAAAGUACGCACUGCCAAUGAUCUGAAGCUGAUCAUGGACGCGCUCACACCUGAGCUCACGUUGACGCAGGACCUGAUCAUCAACGACAAGGUCCUGGAAGAAGGCAAGCAGCUUGGGCUCUUGGGCAAGGAGAUGGUUGACUCGCGCAUGCAGCUCGAGCAGUUAAUCUCAGAGGCCCACAACCUGGACGAGCAAGGGAGGUAUGACCCUGUCAUCGACAUGUCCUUCUUGAAUAUGUCAUCCAUGAAAGACAGCUGCAGUCAGAUCCAGAAGCAGAUGCAAAAGCAGGAGGAAGACAAAAGAAAGCAGGAGCAAGCUCAACUCCAAGCAGAGCUUGAUGAAGAGGACAUGCGAGAAGACAAGCAACUUCUGGAGGAAGCUGGCGAUCUAUCGUACAAGAUACCCAAGCGAGAAUGGGACAGCCAGUUCGUGCAGGACAGCAGCCCUCAAAAAGUGGCCAGCGGCAGACCCAACCUCGAGGCCAAGACCACGGAGAAGCGGAUAACGAGAUACAUGACCGCCGAGCCGGAUGACAAAGGAGUCGUCAAGGUUUACAUUGAUGAUCCAGAUGUCGCCAAUGCCAGCAAGGACAACAUAUCAGUGACGUUCAGCAUGAGCACGUACACUGUGCGGGUCGCAUCUUCGCCUUCUCUGGUUCUUGGCCCCAUAGAGUGCGGCGUCAUCGACCCCGAGGAGUCCUCUUGGCGACUCUCACAGGGCAAGCGGCUGACACUUUCCCUGGUCCUGUCUGAAGCCGGCAAGAACAACUUCCAGCAGAAAAAGCGCUGGGAGGAGUUCGAGGCAAAGGUGAAAGCUCAGAAGGAGAAGAAGAAAGAGGAGGGCGAUGAUGUCGCAGAGCCUCCAGCUCGACCUGCGCCGGUGGCGCCUGCCGCUCCGGAGGGGCCUCCACCGAUGAUGCCCAUAGACACGCCUGGCGCAUCCUAUCGGAACCUUGGGCUGGCCGGCUUGGUUGCACUCUUGGCUGUUCUGAUUGGCCUUUGGCUUUCCAGCCGGCAGUGA